UCCUCCCCCUUGCACACAAACACACACACACACACACACACACACACACGCUUGAUGCAAGAAUUCAUAUGCUCUCUGUUUUCAAAGAUUCCCACUGCCUUUUAUAUAAGCCAGUUUAGAUGCUUAUAAAGUAUUUAUCAAUAAUAGUCCUUUUACACAUAUUUUCCUCUCUUACCCAUCACACAUUUCUUGGUUAGCACUAUAAUGUGACAUGCUAGAAGUCAGAAGCUUUCCUUUUAAUGAAAAUGAAUGUUUUAAUUAUGAAAUAUUUUGUCUUUUAUAUAUUCUGCUGUAAAUUAAGCUGUGUGCAGCCAUAGGCAAAACCCAACCCUGUUAACUUGUCAAUUUUCCUCUCACCAAGACCCAAAGAACAGAAUCUAGUGUAGAAAAUGUGCUUGCUGCUAAAAGAAAGGGUUCUGUGGAUUCCCAUUUCAGAAGCACAAUCCCCAUCUUUCCUCCUUUUGAGGUGGUUGAUCAGACACUUCCCUCCCUUCUUAGAAUAAAGAGAUCUGAGGAGGUUUUAAAUUGUUGGAUGGAUUUGUUUGUUUGUUAGGUGGAUUUUUCCUUCUCAUUCUUUCUCCUCUGCAGAACACAACUAGUAAAUGAUUGGAUCUUUGACAGAACAAAGGUAUUUUUGAUGGGCUCUGUAAUCUAGUGCGCUAAUGCGCCCAGUCCCCUCAUUGUCUUGCUGUCUGAUCCCAUCCCUUCUGCCAGACAGUCACUGCAGGAUGAGUCACUUUUAAUGUCUGAUAAUCAAGGUGAAUUUUCAAAAAGCUGCCAUUUUGGAAUUAUGCACUAUAUCACAGUGUCAGGGACGAGAGGAGGAGGAAGGGUGAAGGAAAGGCUAAGAUAGACACCUACUGCACAUUUGGAGAACUGCAGGAUACAGCCAGCACUGCGCCAGACAAGAUGUGUCUGGAGGGUCUAAGUCGAUCAAGGCAUCCAUAAUGAGAAGGAGACUAUGUUAAUUAUAAAUUAAAAAUUACUUAUAUGAUAAUGAAGAUUAUAUGCACUGGAGAAAACAUCUUAGUUAAAACAGACUGGAGGGUUGGAAUUAAGCAGCAGCCGUUUGGGGGUAUGGAUUCUGUACCUACUGAAUAUAAUGUGGCCCAUUAAAUAACCUAAUACAAACUUAUAUUGGAAAAAGAAUACAAGUGAAUUGCAGCUGUCUCUGUGGAUGCUGUAUUGUCUGCCGUCCUUAUUUAAAGCUACAGCAGCUAAGGGAGGUUACCUAGCAGAUGAAUACAGCCCCCCUUCAACUAGGGAGACUGGAUAUUUCCGGAAUCAUUUAAAGGACUGAAACCUUUUUUCCCCCAUGAAAUGGCGAGGGAGAUAUUGGAAACCCUGGGUAAACAAAGGCCAAUCAAAUAUUCUUGCAAGACUUCGACUAUUCAAACAUACAUUGGUCAGUGUCUUCUCUAAGGAUACCUUUCAGAUACACUAGUGACCAUAAGGAGAACACGUCUGGUUUAAAGUAUGGGCACAUAAGAGGCAGGAACUGACUCCAAGAGAAGCAGCUGUUUAUAGCAUAGUCGCUGUCACCAAGAAAAAAGCCUACUACAAAAGCAGAUGGCAGAACUUGCAAAUACAAAAAGAGCAGUCCCCUGGGCCGAUAUGAAAGAAUUAAGAGAUGCUGAUGGAGGGGAUGAGGCACGAGGAUGUGAAGGUCUCAACAAAGAUACAGGACACAGUAGCAGAGAAGAUGUAGAGUAAGAGUUUGAGAAGAGGGAAGAUGAGUUCUGGGCACAGAGAUCAGUACCCAAAGGCCCUCCCUCUGUGCUAUGUGAAGUUACAGCAAAAAAGAAACAGCCGUCUCUGAACUGUGUCCUCACCAAACACCUAAUCUGCAAGCACCUUGAUUAUGGACUUCUCAACCUCCAGAACUGUGAGAAAAAAAAAAUUCUGUUGUUUAUAAGAUGCAGUCUAUGAUAUUUUGUUACAGAAGCCCAACAGGCUAAGACACCUCGCAUGGGAGGCAUUCACCAAUAUUUCCUUUUGGGGAUUUUAAAGGAAGAAGGUUUAUAACAAAACUCAGAAAAUGCUAAAGCUUAAAGGAGAAUUGAGAGGUGCCAAGGAAAUGAAAGAUGAGGUGGGGGAGAGGGACAGAGAAGUGAGCAGCCUGAACAGCAAGCUCUUGAGCCUACAAGCUGACAUCAAGAAUCUACACGAUGUCUGCAAGAGACAGGGGAAGACCUUGCAGGAAAAUCAGCUCUGUGUGGAGGAGGCAAUGAUGAACAGCAGCCAUAAAAAGAAGCAAGCAUUAGCAUUCGAGGAGUCACACAUGAAGUUUGAGCCCAAUAAACAGUGUCAUCUGAGACAACUCCAACAGCUCAGGAAAAAGUUGCUGGCCCUUCAACAAGAACUAGAGUUUCGCACCGAGGAGUUGCAGACUUCUUACUGUUCCCUCCUGCAGUAUCAGUCCGUCCUGGAGAAGCAGACUUCUGACCUCGUCAUUCUCCACCAUCACUGCAAAAUGAAAGAAGAUGAGGUGAUUCUCUACGAGGAGGAAAUGGAAAAUCAUAAUGAGAACGCAGGGGAGAAGCUCCAUUUGGCCCAGGAGCAACUUGCCUUGGCUGGGGAUAAGAUCGUCUCCCUAGAAAGGAGUUUAAACCUCUACAGAGAUAAAUACCAGACUUCCCUGAGCAACAUCGAGUUACUGGAGUGCCAAGUGAAAAUGCUGGAGGGAGAGCUCAGCGGGAUCGUCGGUCAGGAGACCGAGAACAAGGGUGAUCAUUCAAAGGUGCGUAUAUACACUUCUCCCUGCAUGAUUCAAGAGCAUCAGGAGACCCUGAAACGACUGUCUGAAGUCUGGCAAAAGGUCUCUGAACAGGAUGAUCUAAUACAGGAACUUCGAAACAAGCUAGCCUGCAGUAACGCUUUGGUUCUGGAGCGUGAAGAGGCUUUGAUAAAAUUACAGGCAGACUUUGCUUCCUAUACAGCCACACACCGACAUCCCCCUAGCUCCUCAGAAGAUUGUGAAGACAUCAAAAAGAUAUUGAAGCACUUACAGGAGCAGAAAGACAGCCAGUGCCUGCACGUGGAGGAGUACCAGAACCUCGUGAAGGACUUGCGCAUGGAGCUAGAAGCCGUGUCAGAACAGAAGAAAAACAUCAUGAAGGACAUGAUGAAGCUGGAGCUGGACCUGCAUGGGCUGCGGGAGGAGACAUCUGCCCACGUGGAAAGGAAGGAUAAGGAGGUCAUCAUCCUGCAACGGCGGCUGCAGGAGCUGCAGGUGCAGCUCACUGAGACCCAGAAGCUUGGUCUGAACAAAGACAAGCUCCUCCAAGAGAAAGAUGAAAUGCUGCACGAGCUAGAGAAGGAAAUGUCGCAAGUUCAGAACAACCUCGUGAAAAAGGAGAUGGAGUUGGAGAAGCAGCAGUGUGUGACCAGUGAACUCGAACUCUCCAUCCAGGAGGCGAAGCAGGAUAAGUGCAAGGCGGAGUAUGGGCACCUGCGAGCCGAGAUCAAGAAGCUGAAGGACUGCCUGGAGGAUGCCGAGCAGCAGCAGAGGCUGGCUGCUCAGCAAGCAGUCCAGUAUAAAGAAGAGGCCACACAGGCAAAGGAUAACCUGGAGGAGUCCCAGAGGAAACUGCAAAGCUCCAUCUUCCUGGAGAAGCAGAGGACAGAGACGAUCCAGGAGCUCCAGAGAGAAAUUCAGAAGCUGCAGAAGGAUUCCUUGAUGGUUGAGGAGGAACUCACACCCAGCAGGAAACGGAUAGAGGAGCUGACAUUCGAACUCUCUGAGGCCUCGAGGAAGCUGGAAUGUUCAGAGAAGGAAAAGAGGCAGUUUCAGAAGACAGUGACUGACCAGGAUACAAAACUGAGUGAACUGCUAGAUCGUAUAAAUAUCGUUCAGCACCAGAACAGGGAGCAAGCCUCCUCCAGAUGCAGCCUCGAAGAACAGCUUCAGGAAGUAACCAGGUUGCUGGAGGAGAAACGGGAACACUUGAAAAAGAGCAAAGAGCAAGAGACAAUAUUGGAAAAAGAGCUCGAGACAUUCCGACAGGAAGAAAGAAAGAAAGAAAAGACGGCAAAGGAGAAUCUGAGAAAGUUGGAGGAGGAAAAUGAGAACCUCGCAUUAAAGCUAAAGCAGUGUUCUACACAACUGGAUGCUGCUCUCUGCAGAGAAAGCACCACUCAAAAAAUCAACCAAGAGCUGAAUAGUAAGAGGAAAGAAAACUUGAGGCUCAGAAUGACUAAUCGGAUAACCACUCAGAAAGAGACCAUAGAGAGUUUGCAGAUUCAGCUGGACAAGGCUGCACAGAAAGAGAAGCAAUGCCUCCAGACCAUGGUCAGUAAAGAAGUCUAUGAUGAGUUAUGCCGCAAGUCAGCCACCUGCCAAGACGACCUAACACAUGCCCUGGAGAAGCUCAAUCAUUCCACCUCGGAGACAAAGAGUCUGCACCGAAGCUUGACCCAGGCCCAAGACAGGAAACUUCAGUUGGAAGAAGAAAUCGCUGCUUACGAGGAGAGGAUGAAAAAGCUUAACGUGGAAUUAAAAAAACUCCAGUGCUUCCAGCAGCAGAGUGAGAUAGAGGUGCAUGCCUUUGACAAGAAGCUGGAGGAGAUGAGCAACCAGGUGAUGCAGUGGCAGAAGCAGCACCAGAGCGACCUCAAGAUGCUGGCUGCUAAAGAGGAGCAGCUCAGAGCGUUCCAGGAGGAAAUGUCCGCCCUGAAGGAGAACCUCCUUGCGGACGAAAAGGAGCCCUGUUGCCUGCCCCAGCGGUCUACACCCAAAGACACAUGCAGGCUGCACCAGGAGAAUGAUGAGAAGAUGUGCAACAUGGAGCAGUGGGCAAAAGAGCAGAAGAUUGCCAAUGAGAAACUAGGAAACAAGCUCCGUGAGCAAGUCAAAUAUAUCGCCAAGCUGACUGGUGAAAAGGACCAUCUCCACAAUGUAAUGGUCCAUCUGCAAAAGGAAAACAAGAAACUAAAGAAUGAAAUAGAGGAAAAGAAGCUGAAAGCCGGGCCCUCACGGGUUUAUACCAAAGCCCUAUGCCCCAACAAAACAGACCCCACACCAAGAGGGAAAAUGUAUGGCACCAUGGGCUGGAGAGGGAUCACCCAGGAUGUGAGCCAAAGAAUGGACAUCACCAAGUUUAUCGGGAUGCCCCACUGCUCAGAUGCGGGAGCCCAGGGCUCUCCCCAGCUCUCUCCUAAUGGUGUUCGAGCCCUGGCUUGUCGGUAAAGCUGUGAGAACCCCUCUGCUGCUCCAGGCCACCUGGGGGCCCCGACACAACACGACGACGACCAGGACUUGGAGCUGUAUUACACCCCUUGAAAGUGUGCCCGGAACUCCUCCCCUGUCUCCAGAUGACCACAGUCAGCUUGUCACCCAUUCAUCUCUGCACAUUUAAUGUCUCCUAAAACAACCCUGCCUCAAAGCCUGGCUGGUCCAGCACGUGGGCUCCACCCCAGCCAGGGCCCCGAGGCCAAA